AUUGUCUAUGGCUAUUGUGCCUGCAAUAAACAUAAACAUUGUUUUUUUUUUUGAAAAUCAUAAACUUCAGAACUAAACGCGAUUGUUUUUUUUCAAUUCUUCGUUUUAAAGAAAAGAAGAAGAAAAAACAUUACAAAGUGAAAAAGUGAAAGAAAGAAAAGUCAAGUGUAAAGAAAAUAAAGAAAAGUCAAGUGUAAAGGAAGAAAAAGAAAAAGAAAAAAUGUCAAGUUCAGAAGACGAGGAAAAAUUUCAACCAGAAUCGGAAUUGGAAAAUUCAAAAACCUAUCGCAUAGGACAAAUUAAAGGCGAUAAUACAACGCUAAAGGGAUUGAAAUCAAAGGAGCAUUACGAAGCAAUUUAUCAGCUAUUUAAAAAUUGGCGUGAAACAAAUGUCCUUUUAACAAAUGAAAAAACAUUAUUAAUGUAUUUUGAAGUGUUGGGCGAGAAAUAUAAGCCAACAUCAUUGUGGUCACAGUAUUCAAUGUUGAAGAGAACAAUAAAUAUUUACGAAAACAUUGACAUUACCGGUUAUAAUUCAAUAUUGAAAUUUUUAAAGGGAAAAUCACAAGGUUAUCAAUGUAAAACAUCGACUGCAUUUAAAGUUGGUGAAAUUGAAAAAUUUAUCGCAAACGCUCCGGAUGAAUUGUAUUUGGCAUCGAAGGUCGCUUUGAUAAUUGGAGUCGCAGGGCGAUGUAGACCCGAGGAAUUGGUGAAUUUAAAGACGACAAAUAUUGACUGGAGUGGAGAGAGUUUAGUGAUAAGUAUUUACGACAAAAAAAUGAAGAGAGAACGUAAAUUUACAAUAGUUAAAAAAUAUUCAACGAUUGUGAAGAAAUAUCGUCAUUUACGUCCAAGUAAAACAGAGACAGACAGAUUUUUUCUCAGAUAUCAAAAGGGAAAAUGCACCGUUCAAGUGAUUGGGAAAAAUAAAUUCUCCGUUAUUCCAAGGCAAAUUGCAAUCUACUUGAAAUUGGAGUCACCAAAUUUGUACACGGCAAAUGCAUUUCGACGAACUGCCAUGAUACUCGAGUAUGAAACUAGAGGAAAUAUUUUUAAUGUCCCAACGAGCAGGGACAAUGGUAACGACAAUUACAAUUAUAUUUAUCAUGACAAUUACAAUGAUGAUGGCACUGAAAAAGAGAAUGAAAAUGAAAACGAAAAUGAAAAUGAAAAUGAGAACGAAAAUGAAAACGAAAAUGAAAAUGAAAAUGAAAAUGAAAAUGAAAAUGAGAACGAAAAUGAGAACGAAAACGAAAACGAAAAUGAAAACGAAAAUGAAAAUGAGAACGAAAAUAAAAAUGACAGUAGUCAUGAUAAUGAAAUUGUCGUCAAGCUCUUUAAUGAAGAAAUUAAAGAGGAAUUUAUAAUUCCCUGCCAAAAUGAAGAUUACGAGGAGAUUGCAAUGAAACGACCGAAAUUGGAAAUUGAUUUUAAAGUGAAGGAGGAAAUCGAUCCAUUCGAAAAUUUGUGAUAAAUGAAUUUAUAUUAUUAAAAUUUUCUAUAUAUAAAAA